CCUCCCUCUCUCCCUCCCUCCCGUACACACACCACUACAGCAUAUCAGCUAGCGACUAAACAGGAGCCGGAGGGGAGAGCAGAAAUGAAUGUGAAGAUUCUGACGCUGGUGCUCAUGCUGCUGCUGUCUCUCCUGUCUUCUGGCGGUGCUGGACCCAUGGCCUCCGUGGAUCAGGGCAAGGGGGUGGAUGUGGGCAACUUGAGGAGGCUGGUUCAACAGAGCCCUGCCAGGGCUGCCCAAAGCCACAGAGCAGCUGGGUGGAGAAGACGACGCCCACGGCCCCGCCUCUCGCACAAAGGGCCCAUGCCGUUCUAGAACAGACAUUGGUAAGAAGCCCCUCCCCCCAGGUCCUGAUUUCUAAGCUCUUCCUUUGCCUCGGGGGGGUGCAAAGGGGGCCCAGGCUAACCCAGCCAGUGGAGACACGUCCAAGGGGCCUCCUGGUUCUUCUCGCAACUCUUCAUCUGUCCAGAAAGCAGGAAAAGCUACUCACCCACAGCUCUGCAAAGAAAUGAGAGGGGAGGGGGGUGGGUAAGAAGAGAUGGGCAUGCAGCCCAAAGCUGCCUGAUUCUCUGUUUUGCACCCCCCUCUCUCUCUCUCUCUCUCUCUCUCUCUCUCUAUGUCUCUCUCUCCCUCUCUGUUAUUCUCACUUGCUUUUCAGAGGCCCUUUAUUGCCAUCUCCCGAGUGCCACACACUUUGCAUGACGUGUGGCCUGUGUGGAGUCUGGUCCAGACCAUUUUAGUCUUGAAGUAUCAGACACUUCUCUAAGGUGUGAUAUUCCCGCUAUCUCCAGUUAUCAUGGCCAUUAAUUGCAAUGUUAUGCUGCCAUUUUUGCCAUUGCUAAUGGAAUGCGUGGCGGUAGUCGAGGUGGGUAAAAUCGGGCAGUGAAAACUGGGUUCGAUCUUGGCACCCAGAUGUGACUGUCAGUUCAUACAGUACUUGUUCCAAUACUUCUCUCUGAACAGAAAUCAAAAAAGAAUUAAGGCUGUCACAAGUUUCGUUAAUAUUGUAAUUACUGCUCUGUAUGUGUAAUUAUUCUGAUGUAAAGUAAAUUUAAAGUGAAUUCCGAACAAUUCCAUUAUAUUAUCACAAAACUGUGCACUCAGCCAGACAUUUUGCCAUUUGCGUCAACCUUUACUCAUUCAUUCAGAAGUCACUUCGACCAAAAGCGACUCACUUAAACAGCCAAUUAACUCCUGGGUUGCAGGAAUCUUUCUGGAGGGUCCUGAUGCAUGGUCCCACGUGGAAUUCUGUCUGCAGCCCUCUGUUCUGGAACCCUGAACCGUUGUCGCCUUCCCCACCCCUGCAGCCUUCAGCAGCUGCUCCAACACAUCUAGGUAUCUAGGAGCACUCUCACAUACGACUGUUCACUGGCUGGGGCAGGCUGCAUAUCCUGCAGAAAACCUGCCCUUUUAAUCAAGUGCCAAAUAACGAUCUGCUCCGCAAUAUGCUGCCGGAAAAUAGACAGGUUACCUCUUCUGAAAAGUCUCAAAAUACUGAUACCGACACAAGCAUUAAAAAAGGUACUUAAAGAAACAUCUAAAUGCGCAGCCAUACAGGUCAUCUGCAAAAUGCAGGAAACCGAUAGCUGGAUAGUAUUACACCAAAAAAACCUUUAUCAAAGCCGUCCCUUUGACAGCUCGGUAGACAAGCGACUGUAUCCAGCCUACCCACAAUGCACUCUUUUUCUGACCAGCUGGUACCAGGCUGGAUUCCCCUGGUGUAGAAUGGACUGUGACUUAUGAUUGAUGGGAAGCUAUGCCUUUAUAUCAUACUGGAAUUUCUUACUGUUUUUCUUUUAAAUUUUAUUUCCUCAGGGUGCUGUGAUAGAAGCCUAUAUCUGAGUCUUUAUUCUUUAUGAAACACUAUAUAUACACAAACACACACACACACACACACACACACGUCAGUAAUUACCUAUCCUUAUGGGGACCGCUCAUUCACUUCUAUGGGAAAAAUGCUAACGCUAACUAUGACAACCUUAACCCCCCACCCUGCCCUAACCAUAACCAUAAGUAACCAAGCAAUCAGCAGUCACUGAUUUUUAUAAAAUAGAGAUUUACCUUAUGGGGACCAGGAAACCGGUCCCCAUAAGGGAAAAAAAAAUGGAUAUUUAUCACGUUAUGGGGACAUUGUGUCCCCAUAAAGAUAGGUAUACCAGCUCACACACACCCUCGCACACACACAAACACACACACACUAUAUAUAUAUAUUGAUAUGUAUGUAUACUUAUUCAGUAUAUGUCCCUGCCUGUGUAUACACUGCUAGCUAUCUGCAAAGAUACAGUUCUUGUCAACCACUACUAUUCUUUGGUGUGUUAUCGUUGCUUUCCAGCUUCAGUUUCACAGCACAGGUGGUGUUGACACGUAUCAUCACAAUCCUUACAUCCUUUGGCUAAUCUUUCUCAUACGGGCUUCCCCAAGAAUGCCUAAAGCUGGUCAUUAAGACUCUGAGCUCUCAUGGCAGGGGGCCUCGUCCACCACCUCUCACCUGUUAGACAUAACCAUUCACAAGACAGACGCACACAGCUUGUAAAGCCAAUUAAACCACAUCAGCAUUCAGUCUGCCUGCCAUCUCCUAACGGGUUCUUUCACCCUGCUUCUUUUACAGGACUGUUUGUGAAAACUCAGGCUGCAAUCUAGUUUAUUUCAGACUUUAUAGCAUUCUCUCAGCAUUUAUCUUUCGAAAAAUCUAACAAUAGGUAUGCCCUCAAACGCUAACGUCUCCAGUGCAGUGAGCUCUUUAAAGCAUAUUCAGAAGUGCUAUUCGACAAAGAUUUUCACUUAGCGAUAGAGUGAGUGCUAACAAUUUGUCUCACUAUAUUUGUCUAACUUUUUUGAAAGAACAAGGAAAUUACUCUGUUCUGUUGUUCACCAGUCGAAUGUCUUAAUUGUCCAUGUGACCUUAGGGAAUAAGCAAGGUCUUGCUUCCUUUGGGGUAGGGCAGGUGGUUUAGAGAGGGGUAACUGGACCCCAGCUCUUGGGAACGGGCCAGUAAGGUGCCCAGCAAAGUCUGUAUCAGCACUCUGUUUCUUGAAUGUAUCUUCACCAUCUAAACCAGCUGAGCUACCCAUUAAGAGAGGCAAGCCAGUCAACAUAAACGAUAGUAAAGUAAAUUGUAAAUUGUAUUUAUAUGGCUCUACAAAUCUGUAGGGUAUUUCACCAAAAGCCAAAUAUCACAAACCCAAAGUCUCACAUUUGUGUCAAACUGUGCACAAAAUACCGUCAUGUCAAAAGCAAAUUUCCCAACACCGACCAUUUGGAUUUGCGAUAAAACCUCUGUAUGAAUGUGAUACUGCACUUUUGCAAUUCCAAUAUGCUGCAAGAAAAUAAAUCCUAUACAAAUUUCUUAUAGAGUAUAGUUCACCUGAUUAUUAUCUGACUUGUGCAAAGCUUCUUCAGAGUCUGAAAAGUUAUAUUUUUCAUUAUAGUUCCACAACAUAUAACCCACAAAUCAGGAUCAUACUGCUCCUUGGUUAAACAGACAAACAUGCCCAUAUUUAGGUUAAUGUGAUAUAUUAUACUCCAAGUGACAAACCAUAAUGGCCUUUCUUGGGAGAACUUACACAAAUGAAAGAAUUCUCAUAUUUAGUUUUUUUCUGUUAUUUUCUCCUUCGUUGUAAGAUACAGUGUAAGAUUUUUGCGUGACCUUCCUAUGCACUUAGUAUUUUAAUUCUCAAAUAUAUUUAAAGAAUUUGUAUCAAUUUGUUCAGCUGUUGUUCAGUUGUAAUUAAUGUGUAUUUGGUGAGGAGGAAGUUGGGGAAUUUAAGUAGUAAGCUGACUGGAUUUGACAGCAGGGGAAAACUGAGAUAGCAGCGGUAACAACGGACUAAUGAUGUCAGAGAUGUAGGUCAUGCUUUCGUGCUGCUCUUGGUUGUAGAUCCAUCGACUGAGAGAAUCAAUAAAGUCUUACUUUUUUUAUCUUGGGUGGUGCUGUCGCAACCUAUUAGAGCUUUAGUCAAUUUCUGUUGCUUUAUACUAUGGGUUUAUCCUACCCAAGGAAAGAGGAAACGGCUUGCAUGAGACAAAUUUGCUUUGCUUGCUUCUGAAAGACCUGUCAUAAAGUAUGUAGAAUAGCCUCUGCAGGCUCAAGCUUCUGAAAUCUGAUCUGGCGAAUUUAUGCGAGCCUGUGGGCUGGGCGAUCGUCAGCACUGCUACGUCUAUACAACCACGAAGAAAGCCAUAAAACAGAAAACUGCAUGUAAACAAAUCCAGCUCUCUCAAACUCACUGGAUGUGCAAUAUAAAAUUCUCUCACGGCCCUACAGUGUCCUCCAGAUCUGCGGCAGUCAGUCCACCAUCAGAAUCCACAGAAUACAGAGAAAUAUAGAAUAUUCAUACCCAUCAGCCAGUCCGCUAUCAGUAUUACUGACUUAUAGACAGAAAAUAGCACAGCUCAUGUUGUAUUCCUCAAACUGUCUCACUCCUGUUUUAAAGGAUCUGCUCACAAUGAUCAAUAUAGGCCAAAUGUACAGUCCACGUGUCCAUUUUGAUGUUAAACAGGACAAAAAAAAAUAAAAGUAAAUAAAACAAGUGUAUCAAAUGGUUGAAAUACUGUGUACAUAUGACAUUUUGGUUUCUAAUUUAUAAAAAAUAAGCUUUAGCUCUUGGAGUACCUAUUUUAUUUUUUCCUUUCAUGUGUAGCUUUGUGUUUUUAUUUUCUAUUUCUGUAAAGUGUGUAAAUAUAUCUUUAUGAUAAUAAGUAAUAUUAAAAAUCUUAUUUUAAGAAA